AUGAAAAUCUUGUUGAUCGCUGCCCUCAUUGCUGUGGCUACGGCCAGCCCAGCUCGCUUGAUCGUCCCUGGACCUGCGGGGCCCGAACCCAUCGUUGAUGAAAACGGUAGCCCCAUUGAUGUAGGACCAGUCAUUGUUGACGAAGACUCCCCCAUCGACGUCGGACCCGUCAUCAUUGACGAAGACUCUCCCAUUGACGUUGGACCCGUCAUCAUUGACGAAGACUCUCCCAUUGACGUUGGACCCGUCAUCAUUGACGAAGACUCCCCAAUCGACGUUGGACCCGUCAUCAUUGACGAAGACUCCCCAAUCGACGUUGGACCCGUCAUCAUUGACGAAGACUCCCCCAUCGACGUUGGACCCGUCAUCAUUGACGACUCAUCCGUAGGACCCUCUCCUUCAGUGUCCCCUCUGGUCCAGAUCAUCAUCAACGUCAACUCUGACGCUAACAAACCUCAGCCAGGCCCAGUCAUCGAUGACGAAAGUGAUGACCACAUUCCUGACCAGCCCGUUAUCAUCGUCGACGAACCUGAAAUCAUCGAAGAGCCUGUUGUUCCUGAGGAAGUUAUUGUUGUCCCUGUUGACGUCAACCCCAUCGAAGUUCUCCCAGACACCCUGAACUAA